AUGGCGGCGGCCAGCCCCACGGGGGCCAGGGGCAUGGCCACAGGCCCCCCUUCCCCACCCAGCCGCCCGCCAGGGGAGACCUGGGACCCGGACGGCCGCCGAGGGCUGAGGACAGAAAGGUUUCCUCGCCUGCUCUGGAGGCUCGUCCCCAGGGGCGCCCAGCUUUGCACCCGGCCUCAGCUGCUGGGCUGCGCUGGUCCCCGGGGUCGCCAGGGGGCACAGCACAGUAACUGUCCCGCUCGCGGAGAACGUGGCGCAGUGCGGAGCCUGGGGGAAUCCGCCACCGCCACCGCAUCCCUUGUCCGAAGGUUGCGGCGGGGGCGAGGUGGUCGGGUCACUUUUCCUGAGAGCCUAAGGGGCGGCGCGGCCUCCUUGUCAGGGUCGCCCUCCCCCUCCCCCGCCCCGCCAGCACCCCGGUUCCCCGCCGCGCCAGGGCCCUGGCUGCGCAGACCUCUCUUCAGCCUGGAGCUGUCGGACGUGGAGGACGUCUUCCCGCGCCGCGCGGGGCCGCUGGAGGUCCCAGCGGACAGCCGCGUGUUCGUGCAGGCAGCCCUGGCCCGUCCCUCCCCGCGCUGGGGCCUGGCCCUGCACCGCUGCUCCGUGACGCCGUCCUCACGCCCGGCCCUGGGUCCCGCCCUGGCGCUGCUGCGCGGGGGCUGCCCCGCCGACGCCUCGGUCGCCUUCCCGCCACAGCCGCCGCACCGGGGUGCCAUCAGCCCCGCGCGCUUCAGCUUCCGCCUGCGCCCGGUGUUCAACGCCUCGGUGCAGUUCCUGCACUGCCAGCUGAGCCGCUGCCGCCGCCGCCGGGGAGUCCGCCGGGCUGUGCCUCUGACGCCGCCACCGCUAUCGCGGUGCCUGCCUCAGGAUGAGGCGUGCGCGGGCGCCAUCAGUGGCAGCGGCGAGAGCCUGGGUGCUGACAGUCCCCACCUGCACACGCUGACGCAGCCCAUCGUGGUCACCGUGCCGCGGCCGCCCCCCAGGCCCCCCAAGGUCGUCCCGGGCCACGCCCCCGUGCGCCCCGAGCCGCCCGCGCCGGCCCCCGCGGCCCUGGAGCCCGCGCCGGUGGUGGCGCUGGUGUUGGCAGCCUUCGUGCUGGGCGCCGCCCUGGCCGCCGGGCUCGGCCUCGUCUGCGCGCACUCAGCGCCCCCGCCCCCUGGCCCGCCCCCGAGAGCCUCGCCCGGCGGCACCCAGCCCAUGAGGCCCCAGUGA